AUGCUGAAGAGUGCCCUGCUCUUGGCCUCAACGGCCCUCGUCGCAGCACAAUCUUCGUCCUCCGAGCCCUGCGCAGCUGCUGCCGCGGAUCUAAGGCAAUCCAGUUCCAUCGAAGCACAGGUAGCCUUCGACUGUCUUGAUUCCGUCCCGGUCGACGUCCAAGGAAACGCACAGCUGAUUGAUGAGUUGAAGCAGAUAUGGCAGUUCCAAUCCGAGCUUGUGUGGUUGAAGAAACCAGGCGAUGAUUGGGAAUUUGGGCCCCUGGAUGUCGAAGCAGAACUGGAUAGCGUGAAGGACAACCUCAACUCCUUCUCCAGUGAAUAUGCGGUUCAACUAGCUAUUCAAAACAUUACCAUCCGUACUGGAAAUUUCCACUUCAACUACAGGCCCGAUAUACUCACAGUAUUCGACUUCUUCAGACAGAUCAAUGUCGCUUCCAUCUCGGAGGACGGCAAGGCACUUCCAAAGCUCUAUGUGGCUGAUGAUGUUGCGAGUGUAGCCGAGGGCAGUUCAGACGUUUCCGAGAUUACCGAAAUCAAUGGUCAGAACCCAUACGAUUUCCUCAAGUCCACUUCCUGGUCACAAUACAUCGAUUCCGACGGUCUCAUCAACGACAUGCUGUCCAAAGGAGAUACCGACAACCUUGGGAGUUUUAUGAAUCAAAGGAGAUAUGACGGGCCCAGCACCGAUAUCACAUGGGCGAAUGGCUCAACAGUUUCCAUACCUAACGGCGCAUCCUCAGACUAUGCAUCUAUGUUCGCAGGUGUUACUGAUGGACAGUCAUUUUUCGACACAUUCUGCACCGGCAGCUCCUCGCCCCUCUCUGCCAAUACAAAGGCUGAUUCGGGCUCAUUUGACAUCGCUCUGCCAAAACCGAAGAUGCCUGCUGGUAUCAAUCAUAUUAUAGCGCCUAGCGCUCCUGGACCAGUUCCCCGUAUUCCCACCGGCAUCUACCACCGUCGCAACAAGCGUCAGACAAUGACACCUACUUCUGGAUCUUAUGCAGAAAAUGUUGUUGAGCAAGACUCAAGUGGAACAGUGGCUGGAUACUUUCUCAAUGGUGAUGGUUACGACGAUAUUGCAGUUCUCAAGAUUAUCUCUUUCAGUAACCCUAGCGAGGACUUGAGUGAAUCUGAGUUCUGCAACGAGUUUCAGGUCACGAUUGCUUCAUUUCUCAGCAAGUGCAUGAGUGAGAACAAGCAGAAACUCAUCGUCGAUCUACGCGAGAACGGUGGCGGUAGCACUAAUCUGCUUCUUGAUGCCUUUAUGCAGCUUUUUCCGGAGAUGGAGCCCUUCUCCGGGCAGCGUUACAGAGCCACUGAUGCCUUUGUGAAGAUUGGCGACGCUAUCAACGAGAUAAGAAGUGACCAGGUCAAAGCUAGAAGGUUUGCUCAGUAUACUGAAGAAAGUAUUGAGGAAAGCUAUACAUUCAGGUACUGGUCCUGGUGGCACUUCCGCAAUGCGGAUGGUGCGGACUUCGAUGGGUGGGAUGACUUUAAUGGCCCAGUUAAGUUGAACGACGACUCGUACACAAAGACGAUGCGUUAUAAUUACACUGAUGAAGUGUCUAUCCUCCCCGAAGGUUGGCGUUUCGUGAAUGGUACCCGCCCAACUCCAUUCAAUGCAUCCAACAUCGUCAUGUAUACCGACGCUCUUUGCGGCUCAUCCUGCGCCUCCUUCCAUGAAGAGCUCAAGAACAUUGCCGGCAUCAAAGCUGUCACAGUUGGUGGCCGACCAGAGAAUAAGGCUAUUCAAACCGUGACCGGGUCCAAAGGCGGCGAAGUAACACCACUAAUCUACUGGCAAAGUUUUGCCCAGAUCGCGUUGAACAUGAGUUCCGCACUCUCCCUAUCAUCUUACUCCGCCAACGACGAUGCUCUAUCAGCAGUUGCGAAUGUUCCGCAAAUAAUCACACGCGCCGGAGAUGGAGCUUCACGCCUUCAAUCCCAGGAUCAAGUGCGAAAAGGCGAUGCUUCUGGUACGCCUCUACAGUACAUAUAUGAAGCCAGUGACUGUAAGAUUUUCUACACUGCGACAACCUAUGCUGAUCCCGAUGCUGCUUGGAAGCAAGCUUGGGAUGCUUUUCAGGACGAUAGCAAGUGUGUAGAAGGAUCUACUGGACAUGCAAGCUCUAUCUCAGGAGGCUUCAAGGCGUAUGGCGCGGGUGAGCUGAAGGCAGAGGAUCAGCCGAAUGGGAGUGGGGCUGGUAACGGAAGCGGAAAUGGCGAUGAUAUAAGUGCUGCGAGCACUGUAGGAAUGAGUAGCUUGGUCGUUGCGGUUGCUGCUGCUGUCUUCGGUGCCAUGACGAUAUAG